AGACAGAAAGGAAUACAAAGAUUUUGAUUCCGAAACAAUUCUUUCAUGGUAUCAGAGCCAAAACUCUAGGAAUUUCCGCACGAUCGCCCGGCAUCGCGUCCAUCGAUCGUUGCUCGCUGUUGCUGCCGAGAAGACCGGAACGAUCGACCGUUUGUUCAUAACGGUCGAAGACAUCGACCGUCCCGACGGCAGAAUCUCUAACCGCUGCUGUUUUGGAUCCAACUCUUGAACUCUGUCAUCUGGUAUGUCUGAAGAAACGCCAAUGAAGAUCAUUUCCGGUAAGAAGAAUGAAGAACGAGAGGAGGAGGAGGUUGGAGUGCGACGUCGUCGUAUCUCGCCUUACGAUUUGUCUCCAAGCGACAAUCCGGGAAACCAUACCACCGGUGUCAAGAAUAUAUAACAUUCUUGUCCAAGAUGAGACGGCACGACAUGGCAUGCACAAAGGAGAAAGCAGUGAAGCAGGUGCAUCCGUGUUUGCCGUAAAGAACAAGAUGGAGGUCAAAGAGCUCAUGUGCUCACAUUGUGGGAAAACAGGACAUGAUAUUGAGGCAUGCUACAAGAUGAUCGGGUACCCAGAGGGAUGGGUGUACCGCGACCAGGCUGGAAGAGGAAGAGGAAACGGCCGGGGAAGAGGUCGUGGUGCUGCACGAGGUGGCGGACGGUCGACCGUGGCGGCUGUACGGUCGACCGUUACGGGCGGACGAGGGGAAGUCCAUGCAGUUCAAGGAGAAGAGAAAGGACCAUCCCCGCUCCCGAAUUUUGAGGAUCUGACACCUGAACAGUGGAACGCUGUUCGCCAUGCACUCUCGCUCUCCCCUACAGAUAACUCACAGAAACUCUCAGGUGAAAUGUUGAAUGAAGAAGGAGCAAGUGUUUCUUCUCCAGUUGAACACUUCGACGAUGAAGAUGACAUGACUGCGGAAGAGCAGCUGAACCGUUCCGCGAGGAACGGUCGACCGGAGGAGACCAGUGAAGCAAGUGAGCUACAGACGGUAGACCUGGUGGACCGUCCCGCUGUCCACGGUCGACCGUCCGAGAGGCAGAAAGAUGGACCUCUGGGAGUGCAACCAACGGUCGACAUGGUGGACCGUCCUGAUGGCCACGGUCGACCGUCCGAAGGGCAGAAAGAUCACCUCCAGAGGGAUGAUGAAACGGUCGACCGUGACGAGGAGAACGGUCGACCGUCUCUGCGGCAGAAAGAAGACCCUCAGGAACCAUUACAGAUGGUCGACCCCGUGGACCGUUCCACGGAUGGCGGUCGACCGUCCUCUCUCCAGAACACAGCAGAGACCUUGGGACGUGGUCAGCAGGAAAGGCGCCCAAAUGACUCUUUGCUAUAUAUACGGCUGGAUUGUAAAUUGUAAAAGACAGAAAGGAAUACAAAGAUUUUGAUUCCGAAACAAUUCUUUCACAAAGACUAGGACUUGUUUUAAAGAUUGAUCUUCCAAAGACUAAUUUUAUAAAAUAAUACUAAGUAUUGCGAGGAAAUCUGUUCCACACGCCAUCACGAGUGAUCUUAAAGGUAUAACCUAACAAUAAGAAAUCAGUAACUUAUUA